ACCGUUGAUAAAACGACCAAUUCGACCCCCAUUUCAUAACCUGACCCGACCCGCUUCUUUCAGAUUAAAUCAUCAUCUUCUCCUAAAAUCAAACCCUAAUUUCAGAUUUGCAAUCACAGAACCACCAGCCAUGGCGAUCCGCCACCUCCUCAAGCUCUCCCGCCGCUCUCCUCGAUCCCUCUCCGCCACCAGAUCUGCUUCCACCGCCGUCGCCAGCGUCUCAGACACUCCGGCACCAGCUCCACCGCAUCCAAACCAAAUGAUCUACGACCGCGUCGCCGAACAAGUCAAAUCGAAGCUCAAACGUCUCGAAAACCCUAACCCUAAGUUCCUCAAACACAACUCUCCCUUUCCAACCCUAACCGAUCACACAUCAAUCCUCACAUACCCCGAGACACGAGUCACCACUCUCCCCAACGGCCUCCGAAUCGCCACCGAGUCAAACCUCGCGUCGCAAACGGCCACCGUUGGAGUCUGGAUCGACGCAGGGUCGAGGUUUGAAACAGAGGAGACGAACGGUGUGGCGCAUUUUUUGGAGCAUAUGAUAUUUAAGGGGACAGAGAAGAGGUCUGUGAGGAGUUUGGAAGAGGAGAUUGAGAAUAUGGGUGGGCAUUUGAAUGCAUAUACGUCCAGAGAGCAGACCACUUAUUAUGCUAAAGUUAUGGGCAGUGAUGCGCCUAAGGCGUUGGAUAUAUUAUCGGAUAUUUUGCAGAAUUCGACGUUCGAUGAGCGGUUGAUUAAUCGGGAACGUGGUGUGAUUCUUCGUGAGAUGGAAGAGGUUGGAGCACAGACCGAGGAAGUAAUUUUUGAUCAUUUGCACGCUACUGCUUUUCAAUACACUCCUCUUGGUAGGACCAUUCUUGGACCAGCUGAAAACAUUCAGAAGAUCACAAAAAAAGAUAUUCAAGAUUACAUUUCAACCCACUAUGCAGCCCACAGAAUGGUCAUUUCAGCCUCUGGAGCUGUUAAGCAUGAGGACGUUGUAGAGCAGGCGAAGAACUUGUUCACAAAACUAUCUGCCAAUCCUAUUACUACAACACAGUUAGUAGAAAAGGAGCCUGCAAUAUUCACCGGUUCUGAGAUUCGAAUGAGGGAUGAUGAUGCGCCACUUGCUCAGUUUGCUGUUGCGUUCAAUGGAGCAUCAUGGACAGAUCCAGAUUCUAUAGCUUUAAUGGUCAUACAAGCUAUACUUGGAUCGUGGAACAAAACUGCUGGUGGCGGCAAACAUAUGGGCUCUCAGCUUGCUCAGCUGGUGGGGAUUAGUGAACUUGCUGAGAGCAUGAUGGCUUUCAACACCAACUAUAAAGACACUGGACUAUUUGGUGUCUAUGCUGUUGCUAAGCCGGAUUGCUUGGACGAUUUGGCUUUUGCAAUAAUGCAAGAGAUAAGCAAGCUAUGUUACCGAGUCAAUGAUGAUGAUGUUAUACGUGCUCAAAAUCAGCUUAAAUCGUCAUUGCUUCUUCACAUAGAUGGAACCAGCCCUACUGCUGAAGACAUUGGACGACAGUUGAUUACAUAUGGGCGUAGAAUCCCAUUUGCUGAGUUAUUUGCAAGAAUUGAUGCAGUCGAUGCUGCUACCAUCAAACGUGUAGCUAACAGAUUUAUAUUUGACCAGGACAUAGCAAUUGCAGCGUCUGGGCCUGUGAAGCUAUUGCCAGACUACAACUGGUUCCGCCGUCGCACUUACAUGCUCCGUUACUAGACACUUGUUAUAAUUUUGUUUUUAUUUGUAUGCUUUCCUCCAUUUUUACCAUAAAUAUCGCUGUAUACGCGUGUCUGUGUACUAUUACGAUCAAUUUAUGAUUUCUUUCCGAACCAAAAUAAAUUAAAGGCUUUUUGGUUUUGCCUCUGUA